CCUCCCCCUCCCGCCGCAGCCGCGGCAGCAGCUGGUCUCGGUGUAAACAAGUCGAGGCGGCUGCGAUCCGGGCCGGGGGGGACGGCGCCCAUCAGGAGCGCCCCCCACUCCCAGGCCAGGCUACCCCGCGGACCGGGUCCUCCACGCGCCCAGGCGAGGCACUGGGCUCCCUCUGCUCCCCGUGGGCCGCUCCCCGCGUGGGGCCACUGCCCUUGGCCCCCGCCAUGGUGCGGAUUUCGAAGCCCAAGACGUUUCAGGCCUACUUGGAUGAUUGUCACCGGAGGUAUAGCUGUGCCCACUGCCGAGCUCACCUGGCCAACCACGACGACCUCAUCUCCAAGUCCUUCCAGGGCAGUCAGGGACGUGCCUACCUCUUCAAUUCUGUGGUGAAUGUGGGCUGCGGGCCAGCAGAGGAGCGGGUGCUGCUGACAGGUCUUCAUGCUGUCGCUGACAUCCACUGCGAGAACUGCAAGACCACCUUGGGCUGGAAAUAUGAGCAAGCCUUUGAGAGCAGCCAGAAAUACAAAGAGGGGAAGUACAUCAUUGAACUCAACCACAUGAUCAAAGACAACGGCUGGGACUGACCUAGCUCCUGACGCAUGUGGCUUCACCCUGGCCUGGCCGCCAGGGGGAGCCACUGGUUUCGCUCCUCCUCAAAGGAGCUCAGUAACCUUGGCGCCCCCACAGGGGAAGGAUCCAGCUCCUGUACAUAUAUUUUAUUGCAUGCACUGUGAACUUGGGUGGAGACCAGGAGGGGAAUUGCACCCCCAGCACCUCCCUGCGAUCUGGCUGGCUUGGAUCUCAUUUUUUAACCCCUUCUUGUCCUGCCUGUCCCAUAGAUAUGGCCUGUGUGCUGCUCUCAUGGCCCUGGUGCACUAUCUUUCUGUGAACUUCUCCCACUGGAUCCCUCUUAUCCGCAGCGUGUCUGUUCUCAUUCUGUAGCGUUUGUAAAUAAUAAAACAAUGGAAUGGAGA